CUCGGCGACUGUGUGGGCAGAAAGGAACGUGAGAAGCUGACCAAGUAUAACAUCAAAAAGUGAGAGUAUGAGGUCUCGGCGUGGGAGUGUGAACUCUGAUGAACCCACGCUUGUGUGUCAGGAUAAGCCCGGAGAUGUGCUCUGUUCAUCGCCAGCACUCCUACAGAGGCACUCGCUUCAGACUACAGGCCUGACCACAUCAGUGCAGAUUUCUGCCCCUCUCAUGUUAAGACUGUCCAGCCCUUUGAUCAGGUCAGCUCAGACAUCUUUACUACUACAGCAGUGCUCCAGUGAGGAGGUGGGCAAACAGCUUGUGCAGCUGGCGUCACUGACCCCCACGGUCACUCAGAGUAGACCCUCAGUCCUAAGACGACCUCCUCAUCCUCUGCAACAAGAUCAGCCAAGAUGGUCAGACUCCUUUCCAGAUGAGAAGUUUCACGUGGUCAGACGUUUCCUCACAACAUCAGUCGGACAGCCGUCUAAAUGUGCUGGGGAAACAGCCCAGUCCUGGAUACUCAGCCAACAAAGAAGAUCUAAGGCUUGCACACUUCACAAGUGUUUCCAGUCUUCAGAAAACCAAAGUCCACUUUAUGUCAACGGACUCUGUCAAUGGCCAGGAUGUGAAGAGAAAUUUGAAGACUAUGCAGAUUUCCUAAUGCACCUUGACAGUGACCACACUUUCGAUGUCAAAGGUAGCGCGCAAUGGAAGGUACAGCGAGAUCUGGUGCAGCGCAUGGAGAACCAGUUGAUGCUGGAGAAACAGAAACUUCAAGCCAUGGAGCGUCACCUCAACCUAUCUGACCCAAAAUCAACAACCUCGUUGGUGAAAUCCUGUGCAGAAUGCCAGCUCUGCCCUGCCUGCCAGCCUGGCAGAGAGAGAGGCCGACCCAGAGGGGGCAUAUGGAGUGCCAGAGUGUGCCAGCGAGGAGCCAGUGGAGCGGGGCUUCCAAAAUUAUGGCACACUCCCCACCCACACCUGCUGCCAGAUAUGCUUUCCAGCUUUGAUGUUUACAAAUGUGCCAAUAUCCGACCUCCAUACACCUACGCUUGCUUAAUACGAUGGUCAAUCCUGGAGGCUCCUGAGAAACAGCGGACUCUCAACGAGAUCUAUAAUUGGUUCAUGCAAAUGUUCCUCUACUUCAGACACAACAAUUCAGCCUGGAAGAAUGCGGUCCGUCACAAUCUGAGCUUGCACAAGUGCUUCGUGCGUGUGGAGGGAGGGAAAGGUGCGGUGUGGACAGUGGAUGAAACCGAGUUCCAAAAGAGAAAGAAACAGAAAUUCAACAGGGACUACAUGGUGCGAUGGCUGACACCCUAUUAGAGUCUCCUCCCAUAGCCAGACUAUCAUGGAUGCCUGGACAUGGGAGCUUUUCUAAUAAAUAGAGAAUAUAAUAGUUUGAUUUAAGGUUCUCCCACACCUCAAAAAUUAGGAAUUUGUAUUUUAGUUGAAAGCACAAACUGUUUCUUUUUUUUAAUGGCUUGCUUAUU